CAUUAAAUGUUACUUUUAUUACAAUUAAUUCACUAAUGAAUACUGAAAUUUCACAACUCAUAAAAUCGGAGAAGAAAAGAACGCAGUUCAUUUAGUUCUGAAAUUCCCCGGUGUGCACUCUCAAACAGAAAAAUGAACAGAUCUAUUGUUGACAACCAAUGUCAAACCAUACGACGGAUGAAAAAGUAGAAAGUUGGGCAACUUCUUCCGUCGAAACCGUCCGUCUCCGUCCGAUCCGUCGCUUAUGGGUCGCUUCCCAUAAGAACGUGUGUAUUUUAUCGAGCUGUCAGUCAAAAACUUCGACGGAACGGACGCAACGGAUUCUAUGGGCUGGGGCCUUUAUACCAUGGGCAAAAGUGAUUUGACAGCUCAGUUUCCAGUCUUAGUAUAGUUUGAUUAUGGACGCACCCAUUCAUGCUCAUUGAACUUAGCUGAACUGUCAUAUUUGACUUUUAAUACGAUAAGCAAGGUUAUUUGUAUUUAGUUUAAAGAAAAUUAGGAAAAAAUAUAAUAAUGAAAGAAACCUAUAAACCUAUUUUAAUUGAUUGUAGGGAAGGUGGCGGUGGGCCAAGCAGCGCUUCUGGCCAUGGUCGUCAAAACAGUCUCGAAGACAUGAAUCUAGAUCAGUUCCUUAAAACUAACAACUAUGAAGAUACGGUGAAACAAUUGGAUAUUUAUUAUGGCAUAGUUAAGCGCCAACUUUUGCGCUUUCAAAGCCCCAUCACCGGACUCUUUCCGGUUAUGAGCACUGACCAAGAAGUCGGAAGUGUCAGAGAUAGUAUCUAUUGCGCCGCAGCCGUUUGGAGUCUAUAUCAAGCAUAUAGACGCAUUGAUGAUGAUCGUGGUAAAUCAUAUGAGCUGGGACAGUCCACAGUUAAGUGCAUGAGAGGAAUUCUUCAAUGUUGGGUAAAACAGUCCCACAGAGUCGAGCUCUUUAAACAAAGACAAUCAAAUCAGCAUGCUUUGCAUAGUAAAUUCCAUCUUCACACUGGAGAAGAAAUAUACUCAGAUGACUUGUACAACCAUCUUCAAAUUGAUGUAGUUUCGCUUUAUCUUAUUUUCUUGGUUCAAAUGAUCACUUCUGGCCUGCAAAUUAUUUACACACAAGACGAAGUAGCUUUCAUUCAAAACCUUGUUUACUACGUUGAAAGAGCAUAUCGCACACCAGACUUUGGAAUGUGGGAACGUGGCUCGAAAUACAACAAUGCCACCCCGGAAAUUCACGCCUCCUCUAUUGGUAUGGCGAAAUCUGCUCUUGAAGCAAUAAAUGGAUGUAAUCUCUUUGGAGAGAAAGGUGCUUCUUGGAGUGUCGUUUACGUUGAUAUUGACGCACACAAUCGAAAUAGAAGUAUAUUUGAAACUAUGCUACCGAGGGAAUCCAGUUCAAAGGGAGUAGAUGCUUCACUUCUUCUGACACUGUCUUUUCCCGCAUUUGGAUCACAUGAAGAAAGUCUCGUAGAUCAAACAAAAUUAAAUGUAAUUAAAAGAUUACGUUGUAAAAAAGGAUUCAAACGAUUUAGUCGUGAUGGAUAUUUAAGCAAAAUUGAGGACAAAACGAGAAGGUAUUAUCACAAUGGAGAAAUAAAAGAUUUCGAAGGAUACGAAUGCGAGUGGCCACUUUUCUUUAUUGUUAUGAUCAUCGAUGGAGUUUUUAAAAAUAAUCCAGAACAAAUUGAAGAAUAUCAAAAUGAUUUAAGACGUUGCAUGCACACAGACGAACAUGGUGAUCCUUUUGUCACUAUGUUUUAUGCGCCAGAUGGUGAAGGCUCAUAUCUUCGAGCUCCAUCUCAGUCUUUAUUUCUUUGGGGACAAUCUUUAUUCAUCAUUGCUCAGCUCCUCACAGGAGGCCUAUUACAUAUUAAUGAACUGGAUCCUAUUCGUCGUUAUUUGCCAAGUUAUAAUAGACCGCGCCGAGGUGGACGUUACUCAGCUUUUCAGGGAAAAGCUGAUGAUGGCCAUAAUGCCAAACCCGGCAUUGGAACAGCAACCGAUUUAGUUGUCCAAAUAGUACUUAUUGCAGAAUCAAUGCGGUUACAAGCCAUGAUGGGAACCUAUGGCAUUCAAACUCAAACACCUCAUGAAGUCGAGCCAGUUCAAAUUUGGUCAUCAACCGAGUUAAUUAAAGUCUACCAACAUCUCGGAGUAAACAACAAAGUUGGAUUAACAGGUCGUCCACCACGUCCAGUUGGUUCAUUAGGUACCAGUAAAGUAUACCGGAUAUGUGGGAUGAGUGUCCUUUGCUACCCUCUUAUAUUUGAGGUGUCAGAUUUUUACUUGUAUCGAGAUAUGGCAUUGCUUAUUGAUGACAUCAAAACUGAACUUCAAUUCGUUGGUAAAUACUGGCGUUUAUCAGGUCGCCCAACUGUAUGUUUGUUGAUUCGUGAAGAACACAUGCGUGAUCCUCAAUUUAAAGAAAUGCUCGAUUUACUCGCUAUGUUGAAAAAAGGAUACUGUGAUGGAAUGAAAGUUCGCAUUGGUCGAUUGCAAAAUUUAAUCAGCAGUUCCUGCAUAGAACAUUUGGAUUUUAUGAACCAGAGUGAUUUGUCUGACAAUGAAAAUGCCUUUGCUCAAAUUAAUCAUGAGUAUAUUGGUUAUCAGAGCUUAACAGAUGUUCCUAAGGCACUUAGCUAUGUGGAAGAAAAAAUGUCGUGUGAGGAAUACCUGACCAAGCCAACCAGCGAAAUUAUAGAUGCACUCCGAAAAACUGAUUCUAUUUAUGCACUAUGUCAGCUUUGGGGUUAUCUUUUGAAUCGUGAAGGACCACACUUUGAAGUCAAUGGGUUAAGUGUCAACCAAGCGUUUACACAACUUUACCAUCGAGCAGGGUCCUUGCGCUAUUGGAGAGCCGUAAGAUACUGCAGUUCUCUGUUGCAUCAUAUUGUUGAUUCUAUAAGUCCUUUCAUAACAACUGUAUUGGUGAACGGCAAGGAAUUAACUGUUGGGGUAAUUGGUCAAAAGGAAACUGUCUUUGACAAGCCUAUGACACCAGCAGAAAUACAAAAUGUAAUGUACACUAGCGUACAACCAUACAAUGUUAUACAAGCUGUUUUGCAACAAGAAGUUGUUUUAUAUUGUGGGCGAUUAAUUGCCACAAAUCCUAACAUGUUCAGAGGAAUUCUUAAGAUAAGAGUUGGUUGGGUUCUUGAAGCUAUUCGUAUUUAUCUUCGGAUCUCUGGGCAAAAAACGUGCGAUUUGGAUAAUUUAUCGCCUUUCCAAGUUCGUAUUUUGCUUCAAAAAGUACUUACUGUUAGUGAGUGGGCUGCUGAGGAGAAAUUGACAACAUUGGAGCGCCGUCAACUUGAAGGGUCACUCUGUCGGGUGCCAAAACAUUUUUAUAACAAAGUUUGGGAUAUUUUACAAAGAACUCCCCAGGGUAUUAAAACUGAAAAUCAUUUACUACCCGCUGUUCCUACUCUUACCAAUAUGAGUCGAGGUGAAUUAACGUUUUCUUUACUCGUCGAAGAGACACUUAUUUGCAUUAAGCAACCAGAGCGGCGUCAAUUGACAGUUGAGUUGAUUUGCAUAAUCGCUACUAUCUUGAGUAGAAAUCCAGAAUUGAGAUUCCAACAGGCUCUUGACUUGGAUGAAAUUCUAAUAGAAGCGUUUCUUAUGUAUUGUAAGGAUAAUAAAAUUCAAUUAGAUAACAAAAAACUGGAAACCAAAGAUAUAUCUCCUUUUUAUGCAUUGGUUUAUGCAGAAACAACCGGCUAUUUAGCUAGAGCUGCUGUCAACAAAGUUCUUCAAGGAGGAGCGUUAUCACCACAGGGCGAGAAUAAUAGUGAUAUCCAUGACGAAACCUGCAAAGUUUCCUAAGAUAAAAAAAUAUCAUGUCGUUUUAUUUGAAUCGAUGGUCUCUACUAUUUUUUGUUUGAAUUGUAGUCAAAUGAGUUAGUUAGGAAAGUUUAUAUACCGACUGUUUGUUAUGUUUUUAACAACCAAAGAGGUUCCAUGAUAUUAAUAAAUAAAUAUUUUUUGUUUAAAA